AAAAAAAAAGAAAAAAAAUCUUGUGGCGGUUUUAAAGUGUUUACAUUAUAAAUAGUGGGUAGAAUUAGUGUUGAGAGACCAUAGUAAUUAUUUUCAUCACAAAUAAACAAACACACAGUAUAAUAGAUCAGAUUAGAGAGAUCACCUGCAUAAUUAUCAUCUCUAACAGCAAAUAAUUUCAAUUCAAUUUCUUGCAAAUUCUUCCUUUUCAAUUGUACGUGCAUUCAACUUAACAAUUUGCAAGUCAAGAAAAUUUGGAAAAUCCAAGCUAGUUCAAGAAAGAAGAAAAUAAACAACAAUCAUAUAAUCUUUUCUUCUAUUUCCAUCCAUGGAGAUUCCAAACAACCAAGAUGGCUUGAAAAUAGAGUAUCAUCAUGGUGUGUGCUUUGCUCGAAACCCGAAAACCGGAGUAAUAGAACACCAUCUUCCUAUUCCUCAAGCUGAAAACGUUUUCGGAAAUUUCUUUUAUUAUGAUCCCCGCACCCGUGAAACUAAAUUUGUCAUCAAUUCUGAAAAGGGUUACGAGAUUAUCAAACUUGGUGACCAAAAUUGGAGACCUCUACAACCCGAUUUCCGAAAAGGCCAACGCGUACUCAUGUUCAAAGACAAAGAUAGGGAGAAAUUACUCUUCUUUUACGCUGUUCGAACUCCACAACAACAAGGUACUUCUGAUUUAGAGAUUAGUUGUUUUGAUCUAAGUACUGAGGAAUAUGAGAACUUGAGAAAUUUUCCAAGAAAUAUUUUCUGUGAUGUAACCAAGCUCAUUCCUUUCUACUGGAAAUCUGAUCCUGCUAUUGGUGAAUUGAGUAAGGAAGAUGGGCUUAGGGUUUUGAUAAUGAAGAAUGAUUAUAGUUGGAAUGAACAAGUGAUAGAGAUCUCCUCAGCUUUCUUAAAUUUACAUUUGAUUACAAUGAAGUUUUUGCCUAUUCAUUUUGUGAAGGGUGUACUUAGGUUUCAAUGCAAUGAUAAUCAAGACUAUUAUUUCUUUUACAACAUACGAACUGGCUCUGUUACCGGAUAUAGUAAAGAAUUUGUAAUAUGAAUCAACAUAAGCUUUUCUUUUUCUUAUUUCUAUUUCUUUUCUUGAUCAGAGAAUAUAUAUUCCUCAUUG